AGUGUAAAAUUGCAAGCGUAGUUUUCACAAAUGCAUCGUAUUUGUUCGAAGCGGGUAUAAAUUCGUUGAGAUUUCAUUAAAAAUGUUUAGUCUGAAUUUCAACCUCUGCUCUCUUCUAAAUAUAAAAUGGAUCAGGACUUCAAAGGCAAAACAUAUGUUAUUACUGGUGCCGGUCGUGGUAUCGGAAGAGAAGUUCUCGAACGUCUCCAUUCAUAUGGAGCCACAGUGUAUGCGAUUGAUAUGUCGCCGAUGGACGAUUUAAAAACAUAUUCAAAUGUCAUUACUCUAUCGUUAGACCUGAGCAGUUGGAGUUAUGCUCGCACACAUUUAACAGAAGCUUUUAAAAAUGUACAAAUCGAUGGUUUAGUUAAUAAUGCAGGAAUUACCAUUUGCAAACCAUUUGAAGAGCUCACAGAAGAUGACUAUGAUAAAGUGAUGAAUAUCAACGUUAAAGCUGUGUUCAAUAUAACACAAGUUCUAUCAAGUUCAAUAAAAAACGGCGGUAGCAUUGCGAAUCUUUCAUCGUUGGCUGGAUUGCGAGCAUUCCCCGAACAUUCUUUAUAUCAUAUAUCCAAGGCUGGCGUUGAUGCAAUGACCCGUGCUCUGGCACUUGAAUUUGGAGCACGAAAUAUUCGUGUGAAUAGUGUUAAUCCAACUGCGUGCAUGACAGAAAUGGGACGCUUCAUUUGGAGCGAUAAAACUAAGGCUGAAGGACUUUGGAGCAGAAUUCCAUUGUACCGUUUCGCUGAAUUACGUGAAGUUGUCGAUCCAAUUCUCUUCUUUCUUGGCAACCAAUCAUCUUUUAUAAACGGAGUACAAUUGCCAAUUGAAGGCGGAUUCUCGGCGUGCUAAAUAUUUCACAACAUUAUUUGCAAUUUAACAAUUUCAUUGUUUUAUUAAACUGUGACGAAAAUAUAAAUAAUAUUUUAUCAAAAUUA